AAGGCAUCUACUGAUGAAGUCAGUUAAUCCUGGUUGGAUGAAAAAAAUGUAUUGAAUAUUUGAAGUGCUAUACCGUUUACAGUAAAUUAUUAUCGCCUAGUGAUGAAGUUGUAGCGGUACAUUUAAAACCACACAAAAAACAAUUGUGAAAAAUGAAUCAAAUAUCCAGAGAAGAAAUUAAUAUCAAGAGACUUUUAGUCAGAUGCGAACUAAUGGCAAAAGAUGAUCCUCAUAAAGAAUGGAAACUUGAAAAGUACAUCUUUGCUUUGGAUGAUAUGAUAAAACAGUUGCAAACACUACCAAGCAAACCAUGUAAAGAUAUUAUAAUGAGCUAUGUUAAACGAAUAGAUUUUUUGAAAGGACUAAUAAACACAACAAAGCUUACAAAUCCAGUAGAUAGAGUAGCAGCAGUACAGAUGCUGUCAAAAAAUUCUACUACAUUUAAUGAUUCAAUAGGUCCAAAUAUAACAACUCAAAUACAUCAAAAGACUUCAGCAAAAUAUAAUCGAGAAUUAAGAGCUGAAUUAUUCCAUACUGAUAAAGGAAUAUUAGAGGAUGGUGUAAGACAGAGAUUAUCUAGCAAUAUGCAAGAUGAUGAUUUGGAUGCACUUUUAAAAUAUAAUAGAAACAUUCAAGAGAAAAUUGCAGAAAAUAUGCUUUCUAUGACCAGCAGCAUGAAAGAACAUGCUUUAGCAGCAAACGCUAUAAUCAAGAAAGAUAUUGGUUUACUUGAAAGGUCUGACAAACUAACUGAUGUUAAUACAACUAAAUUGAAAUCAGAAUCAUUGAAACUUCAAGAACAUACUACGUCAUAUUGGCGAUGUUGGAUGUGGGUAAUGAUAGCAUUUGUUUUAGUAGUAUUUUUCAGAAAAGUUAAAGUUGUACGAGCAUUGUAUACAUAUAAAGCACAGCGUGUAGAUGAAUUGUCCUUUGAAGCAGGUGAUCUUCUUUACGUAUACGACAAAGAUGUAGAACCAAAUUGGUGGAGAGCAAAGUGUGGAACUCAAGAGGGUCUUGUACCUGCUAAUUAUGUUGAAGAACAAACUGAAGAAAUUGAAUUGCCAUUACAUGAUGCUGCAAGACGGGGAAAUCUUUCAUUGUUAAAAGAAUACAUAAAAGAAGGAGUUUCGGGUACAGGUUUAGAUGCAAUGGGUAAUACUUCCUUAUAUUGGGCUGCACGUGCUGGUCAUUUAGACUGUGUAAAAGAGCUUUUAAAAUUACCAAAUUCUGUGGUUAAUGCCCAAAAUAAAAUGGGAGAAACUCCAUUACAUGCAGCAGCAAGUCGUGGACACAUAGACACAGUUAAUUUGUUGUUAAAAUCUGGUGCAGAUCCAAUGAUAAAAAAUAAUGAUGAUUUAAUGCCUGAACAAUUAUCUUCUGAUCUCUCAAUUAAAAAUGCGAUACAAUUAAGUCGACUUCAUUCCAACAAAAUAUAUGGAUACACAGAUGAUGAUUAUAAUGAUGAAAGCGAUUAAAUUUAAUAAAGUAAUAUAUCGUUUUAA